AAAUGCAUCCGCUAAAGCUGCUUGCAUUUAUCUGCAGUCUCAUAGUGGUUGCUUCCUAACGUAUGUCUGAGGCUUGCUAUUAGAUACCGUGGAAGCUGCCGCAGCCCAUCCUCGAAUAAAACCCCAUCAACAGCUGUGCUGCAGACCGUUAUUAUUCUUGCCUCCGUUAGUCCAUUGAUUCUCGGAUCAGGGAUUUAUUGCACAGAAGUUCGCCAGCUGAUUUACCUAUCGCUCAAAUGGCCACGAAGAUUGAUAAAGAAGCAUGCAGAGAGUCUUAUAACAUGGUCCGGGAUGACAACAACGAUGUGAAUUGGGUUAUUUUUAAAUACGAUGGGAACAUUAUUGUUCCUGAUUCACAAGGCACGUCGUACGAUGAAUUUAAACUUCAAUGCACAAAUGACCGCAUAUUAUAUGGGUUUCAUCGGAUCAUCACUGGUGAUGCCAUGAGCAAACGUGCCAAAUUUGCUCUGAUUACCUGGAUUGGAGAUGGAGUUGCCGUACUGCAGAGAGCCAAAGUCAGUACUGAUAAAAGUUUGGUAAAGGAAGUAGUACAGAACUUUGCUAAGGAGUUUGUCAUCUGUGACCAACAAGAAUUGGCUGAGGAAUACAUCAAACAAGAACUAGAGAAAACUGGAGGAGCCAAUUAUGAUGCACAACUCGAAUGAAAUAGGAGCAACCUACCAUCUGCUGCUUUGCUAUAGGGUAUGGAGAAAAUGGGAUGGCCACAUAGCUGCACCUCCACCCACAGCAACCCCAAGGGACUUGUACUCAUUCAGCAUGGUGAAUGCCCUCCUUAAAUUAGUUCAGAGGUGCAUGUAAGAGCCAACAGGCACAGUCAAAAGCUUAUCAAUUUUUGUUGUUUAAAUUGUGGUUGACUGUUUUCAAAUGGUCCCAGGAGAAGAAUUAUUUUGUUUCAACUUUUCUAUGCAAGUUUCCCAAGGCUUUGUUCUGGAAUAAAGGUUAUGUAGUGGGUGUGGGUGACUGAUGAUGAAGCAUUCUCAAUAAAUUUUUUUUCAAAAAUGGAA